AGAUACUCUGGCUUCAUUUUCCUCUUUUAUUUAUUUGCUUUUAUUUAUUUACUUACUCAUAUUUGCCUGUAUCUUUAGGGCUUGAGAGUUGGUGUGUGUGUGUGUGUGUGUGUGUUCCUCCAGAGUGCCAAAAGAAAAAAAAAAAGUGCUGAAGAGUCCAGGGCAGAUGAGGCUAUUUUUGUUUGAAGCUGAUACUUUUAGCUGAGCCACAAGUACUGCUUGGAAAGGGCUUAGGUUGUUUCCAGGGGGAGAACUCCGCGGAGAAGAGGCAAAGUUCAACGAGACAACAAAAAUCAGCCAGAACAUCCAGGAAAAGGAAGAGCCCUUGUCAUAACCCUCUACCGGAGUUCUCUAAUCCUACCUUAUUCUGCAAAGUGCCACUUGACUUGAACUUUUCAUCUGAUUGAUUUCUGCACCCACCAUGACUGAGAUCACCGCUGAAGGAAAUGCAUCUACAACCACAACUGUGAUAGACAACAAAAAUGGAUCUAUUCCUAAGUCCCCUGGAAAAGUGCUGAAGAGGUCUGUCACCGAAGACAUUGUGACAACAUUCAGCUCCCCUGCAGCCUGGCUUCUUGUCAUCGCUCUGAUUAUCACAUGGUCAGCUGUUGCUAUCGUGAUGUUUGAUUUAGUGGAUUAUAAAAACUUUUCAGCAAGCUCCAUUGCCAAGAUUGGCUCAGAUCCGCUAAAACUAGUGAACGAUGCUAUCGAGGAGACAACAGACUGGAUCUAUGGCUUCUUCUCUUUGUUAUCUGACAUCAUCUCAUCUGAAGGUGAUGAAGAUGAUGAGGAUGCAGAUGAAGACGUUGAUAAAGGAGAAAUAGAAGAACCUCCCUUAAAAAGAAAAGAAAUACACAAAGAAAAGGCUGAAAAACAGGAGAAACCUGAGAAGAAAAUACAAACUAAAGCUUCACACAGAGAAAAGGAGAAAGGAAAAGAAAAAAUAAAAGGAGAAAAACCUGAGAAGAUAGCAACUCACAAAGAGAAACUUGAGAAAAAAGAAAGACCAGAGACAAAGAUGAUGGCAAAAGAGGACAAGAAAAUUAAGACUAAGGAAAAGACUGAAGAAAAGGCUAAGAAGGAAAUGAAAGUUGGAAAACAGGAGAAAGUGAAACCGACAGCUGCAAAAGCCAAAGAAACUCUGAAAACACCACCGAAGGCCAAAAAGAGGGAUGAGGAAGAGAUGCCAGCUGUGCCUGAGCAGAAAGAUCAGUAUGCAUUCUGUCGGUAUAUGAUUGACAUGUUUGUCCAUGGGGAUUUAAAACCAGGACAAAGCCCAGUUAUGCCACCACCACCAAUGACACCUUCCAAACCUGCUUUGUCAACACCGGCUCUUGAAGAAAAAGAAAAAGAAGAAGAGAAGAAGAAAAUGGAGAAGAAAGUUACUUCUGAUACAAAAAAGAAAGAAAAAGGAGAAGUCAAAAAGAAAAGUGAGGAAACUACCAUUGAUGGGAAAGGCAAAGAACCAGGUAAACCUCCUGAAACCAAACAAAUGACCACCAAACUCACAACACAAGCUGCAGCUAGAAAGGAUGAGAAGAAAGAAGAAUCCAAGAAAAUGAGAAAACCUCCAGAAGAACAACCCAAGGGAAAAAAACAGGAAAAGAAAGAAAAACACAUAGAACCAGCAAAGACACCAAAAAAGGAACAUCCAGGUCCAAGUGAAAAACACAGAAAAGCAAAAGCUGAACGAGCCAAUGAAGAGAUUGCUGCUGCCUCAACAAAAAAGGCCCUGCAUGGAAAGAAAGAAGAGAAAGCCAAGACAGUGGAGCAAGAAAUGAAAAAAGAAAAAUCUGGGAAGAGUUCUUCAGAUGUGAAAGAUAAAGAAAUGAAAAAAGAAAAAUCUGGGAAGAGUUCUUCAGAUGUGAAAGAUAAAGAAGAGUCCAAAGGUGUCCCACAUUCAAAGAAAGAUAAAGAGCCACAGUCAAAAAACGAAGAGAAGUCAAAGUCACAAGUGAAAAAGGAAGCAAAACUAGCAUCAUCUGACAAAGGCCAAACACACAAACAGAACAUCACCAGACCAGAGCAAGUUAUUCCUCAUGGUAAACCAGAAAAAGCUGAACACCAAGGGAAAGGCCACCCAUCUAUAAAAACAGAUAAGCCUAAACCAUCUUCAAAGGGAACACCAGAAGUUCCAGACUCAGGGAAGAAGAAAAUUGAAAAAUCUGAAAAGGAAAGUAAAAUUCCAGCAAGACAAGAAAAUCUUCAGGUAUACAAUGUGACUAAAGCAGAAAAACCUGGAAAAAUACCAAAAGAUUCCAAAGAAGCACCAGCUUCAAAGAAAGAUAAAGAUUCCAAAGAAGCACCAGCUUCAAAGAAAGAUAAAGAAGACUCCAAAGAUGUCCCACAUUCAAAGAAAGAUAAAGAAGUAACUGAUGAUGUAUCUUCAUCAAAGAAGCAAACACGUCCCAUCAGUUUCUUCCAAUGUGUCUACUUGAAUGGGUACAAUGGCUAUGGGUUUCAGUUUCCUGUCACUCCUGUCCAUCAACCUGGAGAGAACCCUGGCAAAACAAACUCUCCAGGACAGAAGCAGCAAGAACAAUAGACACCCAUGCAUGACCCUGACAACUGCUUUUACAUGGUGAAAGUGGAAUGUUCUCUUUUGUCCACAGUGGCACAGGCAAUCAAAACUAUCUGAUGCUGAGAUUUCAUUGUAAACAUUUUGCCUGGCAUAAAGAGAUGACAUAGACAAAGGAAUUGACUAAUAAGCAAAUGUGUUCAGGGUCUAAUACUUGAGAAUUUUCAUUUGUGUCUGUUGCUAUAGGAGGAUACUUACAUUAAGCUCCUUCUAGCUGUUAUAAGGCAGUAUGUUCAUUAAAGUUUACUUUUAAAUAUAAUUGGCACAAUUACAAAAUGAGAUUUAUGACUUCAGGUAGGUAAUUUUUAAAUUGGUAACAGACUGUAUUCUAAUUUUAAAUAGUACAGGAACAUAUAUAAAAAUUAUUCUUCUGCAUCAUGUGGGUAGGCACAGCUUACCCAAAAAACCUAUGUGUAUCAUUAUAUUCACUUCUGUUUCUAGUUCAGUUAUGGCAAGACUCUACAUAGGUAUAUCUUACACCAGAGUGCUCUAAAUCCCUUGCAGUAUUCUUAAUGAUCAGAUUAUCUAAAAGAUGGGACAUGACAAAGAGUUAGUGCUUGUUGGAUCUUAUCUUUGAGGUUGUCUUGGGCUAUGCUUAAGACAUUCUCUCUUGUGGACAUAUACUUGCAGUUAAGCACAUUUGAUAAAUAACUUGUUUAAUAUACAAGUUAAUGAGAUAUGAAAUUUUCACAUUUCUCCAGAUUGUGCCCCAGUAAAUCCAUCACCUGGAUGAAGAUUUAGUUCAAACAGUAACUAUGGUUGGCCAAUUCAAACAUAGUUAUUCUUCAAUACAUACUUUCUGUGAGAGUAAAUGAUUUCUUUAUGAAAUGGAAACAAUACAAAUGGCAUAAAACUUUAAGUGAGAUAUUUUGGGCCUAUACAUGUUCAUCAGAUGUCUUACUUUCUUUUGGCUAAUUGAACAUUAAUGCCUGUUAAAUGAAUGGCAGUUUUUAACUUACUUGUCCAUUCAUCACAGAAAAUGACUGUUGAGAAUGUUCAUCUUUUUGGUAAUACAAACACUGGAUUUUCAUGAACUUUUCUUAUCAACUCUAGAAAACAUGAUUGUACCUUUUCAUCAUGUUUCUACUUGUAGCUGAACUUAUGACAAAUUAACUCACAAAACAACUUGUGUUACCAUUUCUGACACUAUCAUAAGCUCAGUUAAUGCUGAGCUACUGACUUUGUGAACUAGCUGUGUGAUUGGUUUUCAAGCACUGCAGCCAAACAUAGUUCUUGAGGUCUAAGACAAAAGUCCAUUUUAUCGAUAUUCAGGUAGGAUAUGGACCAUAUAUGAUGGAAUGUCGGUGACUUUUGUAAGAAAGUUAGCUUCAACCAGAUGCUGACAGACUGAAUUCACACCAAAAAAAAUGACAACACUACAAUGAACUAGAUUAAUGGAGCCAUUUGGAGGGGAAGGAGUACAUAAUUGACCAGAGCUUCAUUCAGCAAUUCAAACUUACAAGUAGAACGGUGGAUAACGUGUUCUACUUAGUUGCAGUUUCACUAAUUUCCUGAGAAUGGAACAGAGAAUAAAUGUGUUUUAAAAGACAUACUACAGAAUGGGUUAUCCACUAAGUUAUUAUCUUUCAAUGACUAUGUACUUAGUCUUUCUAUACUGUGUCAGAUAAUAGACCAUGUAACAUAGUAUAGCAAUAGAUUUUGCUUCAUGUUAUUCUGGCACAGUAAAUAACAUUCAAAAAAUGCAUUAUAUGUAUUAGGUCUGUAUCUACAGACUUCAAAGAACCUUCAAAACAAACAGCUCAGUACUUCACAGAGUUACUCUGUAGAUAAAGUGUCUUAAUAUGGGUUUGUUUGAAAUCAGUUUUUGAAAUGAUGUUUUUGGAGAUUACAUUAAUCUUAUCUCCAUAAACUUUUAAAUAGCAUCAUCUAAUUUCUUUAUGAAACAAAUUGACAAAAUAUAAUAAAUGUUAUUGUAAAUUUGGGUGUGAGUUAGAGAAAAAAUAUGGUGUAAUUGUUAACAAUAGUUGUUAAGGUUUGUCUACAAUUUCAAUGACUAGUAUAAUUUGAAAAAAUAUCUAAAGUGUCAUCUGUUAUAUUUUUACAUUAGUAAACUACUUCUGACUCUUGAGUUUAAUGGUUUGUAUCUUGAAAAGAAAAGGCAUGAAUAGUUAAUUUUUCAUUUUAAAAUUUCUUUCAUGAUUUAUCACAUAUUGGUCAAAAUAUGUAAAUAGCUUCUUUUUUUUUUUUUUUUUGCUUUGUCUGGUGGGAUUGAGUCCUCCCUAUUCCUACAUACUCUCAUCUUUUAUCCAUCUUGGUAUUUGAAAAUACUAAGCAGUAAGAACAUUUAUUUUAACCCAUUUUUCUUAGUACUCUAUAGUUAUAUAACUUUUGCUCAUCAUUUUUCAAAUAUAACCAAAGUUAUUUUGUGUGUUUUCCUCAUGAAAAGGACCUCUCUGUGGACCCAUUCUGAUAUAUUCUUCUCUAAACUCCUCAGGGAAAUAUUUCAGAAUUGUUACUGCAUGUGUAAGAACUCUGCCUAUUUCCUUGAAUAAUCUUUUUGAAUAAAAAGACAAGAUGAAUAACAGAUAUUGUUGGUAGAAAACUAAGAACUCAUCUAUUCCAGUUAACAUCUUCAGGAAAUGAAAAUACAAGAGAUAUAAAAUGAUAUUUUUUUUUAAAAAAAAGAUCACCAUUUUUAAAUGGGUCAAUGUAAGAAAUGUAUUCAGUAACUAGUCAUGUCUAAUUUCUAUUGCACUAAUAGUGAGUAGAAUUAAAAAGAGAGGCUAACCUUCAUAAUCAUGGCUUCAGAAGAAGAGAUAACUGUGGAUUUUUGUGGAACAUGUAGAAGUCCUUUCAAAGCUAGGAUUUGAACCUUAGCUAAUUCUAAUUGUCCAUCCUAACUUCUUGGGGUAUUUUUAAAUUUUUUGUAUUACUUGAAAAUUAUAUUUGCAUUGUCCAUGUACCUGCAUAAAGUAGUAUAACUGAAUUAAAGGUACUGCAGAAAACAUAAUCAGAAUAUAAAUCCCUUAGAGUUGAAAUUAUGGGAUGUCAUGGGCUCCACAUUAUGGAUACUGGGCGCCAACCUCUGUUUCUCUAGAAGAGCACCAUAUACUCUAAGAGUUUAACCACCUCUCUGUACAUUUCAGCUUUUAUAACAAAUGCAGACUGUUUUUUCUAAGAGCCUCCAAAUUUAUCUUUAGAAUCAUAAUCAGUGUUGUAAUCAGACUUACUUUUUUCUGCUCAAAAGCUGAGAAAUGUCUGUCAUGUUCCUUCUACAUUAUGUGACACAAAGAAAAUGGACCCUAGAGAAGCUAGGGAACAGAAUAGUGGUACUUUGUUUAUCAGAAGGUUAUGUUGUGUUAUGUUAUAACCUUUUGUUAUCUGAGUAUCUUUUUGUUAUUUGAAAACUCCUUAAGACAUGGGAACUCAGCACAACUUUCUAUGAAUUCUUCUUGCUGAGAUUUUUUCAGUAUUGUGUCUGUGUUCUACAGUUUCUUUACCCUUCAUUAAUCAUAUAUGCCUAGAAAAAUCCAGAUAUUCCUGAAGGAACUUUCCUUUGUGUACAAAAUAAAGAGCUUUA